GCCUGUGUCCAAAAGCAGCUGGCUAGCCUGACGUCAGGCCCUGGGAAGGCACUGUCUGUUGGUCGCAGACCUAGAGCUUCACAGCCCAGGUUCAUCGCAGAGGAAGAUGUGGCAAGAGCCGGCUGGGGGUUCACUGACCACUGCCAUGCCCUCUGCGUUGUCUUCGAGGCCCUGGGACGCUGUGUUCCCCAAUACCACUACAGCAGCAUGGACCAAUAGAAGUAUGCCAGAGACUCCCCUGUUCUACCUAUUCGCUCGGCUGGAUGAGGACCUUCAUGCCGAGUUCCCCAGCCUGUGGCUGGCACUAAUGGUCGUGCAUGGCACCAUCUUCCUUGCCGGGCUGUUCCUCAAUGGACUGGCGCUGUACGUCUUCUGCUGCCGCACGCGGGCCAAGACACCUUCAGUCACCUAUACCAUUAACCUGGUGGUGACUGACCUGCUGGUGGGCCUGUCCCUGCCCACACGCUUUGCAGUCUUCUACGGUGCCCGCGGCUGCCUACACUGUGCCUUCCCUCACGUCCUGGGCUACUUCCUCAACAUGCACUGUUCUAUCCUCUUCCUCACCUGCAUCUGCGUGGACCGCUACCUGGCCAUUGUGCAACCCGAGGGCUCCCAUCGCUGGCGCCAGCCGGCCUGCGCCAAGGCUGUGUGCGUCUUUGUGUGGCUGGCAGCGGGAGUCGUGACCCUGUCUGUAUUGGGUGUGAAGACUAGUGGACGGUCGUGCUGCCGUGUCUUUGCUCUGACCGUUCUGGAGUUCCUGCUGCCGCUGCUGGUCAUCAGCGUGUUCACAGGCCGUAUCAUGUGUGCACUGUCGAGGCCAGGCCUGCUACGCCAGGGUCGUCAGCGGCGCAUGAGGGCCAUGCAGCUGCUGCUCACGGUGCUGGUCAUCUUCCUGGUCUGUUUCACACCCUUCCAUGCCCGCCAGGUGACUGUGGCACUGUGGCCCAAUGUGCCUCACCAUACCAGCCUUGUGGCUUACCAUGUGGCCGUCACCCUCAGCAGCCUCAACAGCUGCAUGGACCCCAUCGUCUACUGUUUUAUCACCAGUGGCUUCCAGGCCACUGUUCAAGGCCUCUUCUACCAGCGUGGAGAAGAAUUCAAGCCCAGCACUAUGGAUAUGGUCAGCAUGCACAAGAGCACCAAGGGCUCAGCCCCCAUUCACAUCCUCAGCACCGGUUCUCACACCCUCACCCAGCCUUUGACCAACGGGCCUGAGCCAUAGGUAGCAGUACUCCACCAAGGGUCGAAGGUCGAGGCUCUGAGAGGUUACCAACCAGACACAUCCUGGUCCUGGACAGCAGUUAAUUUCCUAUUGAUCUGUUGGAUAUGACUGUUCAGUGUGUUGUGUUGACAAACUGAGCCCACUGUGCUGUGAUUGAUUAGCAAUGUCUGCAAGGGCUCCAGAUAGGGUAUAAUGAUAUAAAUGCUGGAUGCUUGCCUUUCCUAUGGUUAUGUAGUAUCCACUGAACACUCAAAAAGGUAUCUAGGAGCUGCUCCUAGCCUCUGUGAAUUGUUCCCUGAAGAAGCUCUUCCAGAGAAAGCACAAAGAUCAAUGUUCUGAUGACUCCAGGAAGGUUAAACCCAACCAGAAGAGUCUCCACUACAGGUAGAUGGAGAAACAAGAGUAGAUGGUCAGUGUUUGGGGGGCAAUAGUGUUAUGUACAGGGAGUAGAGACACCCCAGACUUCUGUGAACUACACCACAAGCCAGCAUAGCAAUACAAGGUGGCCCUCUGUGUACCAGGAGUUGGACUUGGGUAUCCUGGUUGACAUUUGAACCACUGCAACCCCAAAUGAAGAAGCUAGU